UCGUCAAUUUGGAACUGGGCUGAAUUUUCGUAGAAAUUCAAAUGGAAAGUCAAAUGGAAGACACAAAUAAAGAUUCAAACGAGAAACGUGAAGACAGCAAUGUGGAAACAGAUGCCGGAAAACCUUCGGAUACGCCGCCAGACUCACAAMAAGAACAAUUUGACAUGGAAACUGUAAAAGCGUUGGUUAAGAAAAAUCCUAUUGCUAUUGGAAUCGUCGGAGUUUUCAGCCUUUACCUGAUAUUUGGCUAUGGAGCACAYAUGAUUGUGACAGCUCUUGGAUUCGCUUACCCAGCAUAUCAGUCAGUCAAAGCGGUAGAAAGCGUUCAGAAAGACGACGAUACACAGUGGCUUAUCUACUGGGUUGUGUUUGGCUGUUUUAACAUUGUGGAGUUCUUCUCCGAUAUUCUUCUUUCAUGGUUCCCACUUUAUUUUCUUACAAAGUUGAUAUUCCUUGGAUGGUGUAUGGCACCAGUAUCAUGGAAUGGCUCUGAUACUAUUUACAACAAAGUGAUCAAGCCAUUUGUCCUCAAGCACCAAAAGAAAAUAGAUUCUGCAAUUGAUAAAGUUGGUGAGCAGGUGGACAAAUAUGCUAAAGAAGCCAAAGAUGCUGCCACAGAAGCUGCUAUCAGAGCUGCUACUGAGAACAAGAAAGAUGAAUAAAGAUGUUAAGGCAACACUAGAUCUCUACAGAUUUUUGUACUGAACCUUCGCAGAAAGUAAACUAGUUUGACUCGGUAAACCUUUUGAAUGAUGGCUAUACAUACAGUCAGCGUCUCUUAUAGCCUUUUUACAUGCAAAAUACAGCAAAAAUGUACUGGAAUAUAUACAGUCAGCAUCUCUUAUAGCCUUUUUACAUGCAAAAUACAGCAAAAAUGUACUGGAAUUCUAAUAUUUUGCCUUCCAACAACACAUUCAUCUCUCAUGUUGUCAUUCCCAACCAACUUGUUUAUCUCAUGUCCUGAAGAGUACUACAAACACACUAGCGUUGAAAUCGCUCUGUUACACAUCCAUUACUUUUGUAUGCAAUGAGAAUCAGGUUUUUCCAUCAUAAAGUUUGUAACGUUUUGCCUUUUGCAUUAAUAUUUUGACGUGACAAACUCUUAGAAAACCUUUUAAAUCUAAAAAGAAUGGAAAAAACAAGUUGUAACAUAUUUGAUACAUUCAAAAUUUAAUGUUAACAAGUUUUUUCACUUUGUAAAAAACAGCACUGACAUUUUGAAAUAUUGUAACCAAUAUACUAUCGGUAGUGACAGGAGGGAAAGCACAUAGAUGUGAAUUUUGGAUAGAUGUAUUUGUAACUUUUGUAGAGGAUUUAAUGAUACCUUUUACAGGUUUUAAGAAUCAAUAGUAAAUUGUUAAAGUAAGUUUUCUCAGAAGCACCAAUAAAUAUUUGUUAAUUGAUAAAAUAUA